UAGAUACCUGUCUUACCACUUUUGUUAAUUAAAUGUCAAAUUUCAUCAAUUUUCAUAUCAAACAUAAACACGAUUGAAAAUGAUAACAGAUGCAUUGACAUCAUGUGGUUUUUUAUUACUCGGUUCAGGAUCAUCAAUUUAUAAAUUAAUAAAACAUUCAAUAAAUAAUUCAUCUGUAAUAAGUCCAAAAAUAUUAAUAGCAUCAUUUGGAAUUGGUGUACUUGGUGCUCGAUCAGUCAUUAAAAUUGUUUAUAAUUUUUUUCUACGUGAAUAUCCAAUUGAUCCAUUGGAAAUUGAAGUUGAACUGAAAAAUGAUAAUAACAUAAAUAUUAUUGAUUGGAGCUUGUCAAAAAUUGGUAUUGGUUCAAUUAUUUAUUCACUUUAUCAACAUUAUAAUUGUCCAGUUGUUGGAUUAAUAUUACUCAGCACAUUGACAUCAAUUGAAGUGAUAAAUUUAGUAGAUGAAUUUAUUAAAAAUCCAGUUGAUGAUGAUGAUGAUGAUGAUGAUGAUGAUGAUGAUGAUGCACCAUUAACAAUUGUCAAAAAAUUUAAAAAUUCAAUUGGAGGACAAUUAGAUUAUUUGUGGAUAAUAUCAAAUGAUUUAUUCAGUCAAAGUGUUGGCAACACGUAUUUUCGUCUUGCUAAUUUUGCAUAUUUCAUAGCUACAAUUUAUCAACCAGACAAUCAAAGUUGGUCAAUGAAAAAUUCAAUAAAUGACUAUAUGAUGUUGCUGUUUGUUAUUUUAUCAACAGAAUCAAUUAUCCAAACAGAAUAAAAUCAUUGCGGUAAGAUUUAUUUUAAAAUGCAUAUUAAUUUAUUAAAAAUAUGAAUCAUAUAGUUAAAACAUUAUUUUUUUAAAAAUAUUAAUUUGUAUUAAAAAUAGUCAUACAUUCAAAGCUGUACAAAUUGUCAAAUUAUUCUUCAUACACACAUGUCUUAACAUUUUAGUAAAGUAUAAUAUCAAAUAUUAUCAAAAAAAAAAGAUAAUAA